CCCAAUUCUUUCUACGUAAAUCUAUUUUAGAUAUCCGUGACUUCAGUAGCCACUCAAUUCAAACCCCUAGUCAUUCCCAGCGGUUGUUAAAUAUUGUAACUCACAUCGUUUCCUCCUGUUAUGAACAUUCCGGAAGUAGAUUCGAAGCAUAUGAUGUUGUUUUGUGUAAAUUUCUACAGCCAGCGGGGUCUUUUCCCCAUGCCGUGGUAUUAAGUAGGUACAUGUAGGUUAGUACAACCGGUGAUCAGGAUCCCACAAGACACCAAAAGUCUUUAGCGGUUAGCAUUAACCGAAUUAAUUGGAGGAUUAUUACGGUGACAGGCCCACGUGAAGGGAGCAGAUAACAGCAUACCGAAUACAUGGGGUCCUCCGAUCGAUAAAGUCUAACCGAGUUGCCUAUCUGCGGGGUGGCUCGGGGAAUCAUUGAUCUUCAAUGAAGUGGCGGCGGAGAUCUAAGGUUGCAUUAACCAAAGUCCAAAAAAGAGACACCUACAUAAGACAACCAAAAACUCGAUGCGAAAGUCAUCAUGUCCGAAGACAAAGCUAAUUCACAAUGGAUAGAGAUCAAUUGCGACAUGGGAGAGGGCUUCGGGAGAUGGCGAAUGGGACCGGAUGAGGAGUUGAUGCGCUACGUCGACGUGGCAAACGUUGCCUGUGGUUUCCAUGCCGGCGACCCUGCUACCAUGGUGCGCACUGUCCGCCUUGCCAAAGAGCGCGGCGUGCGAGUCGGCGCUCAUCCGGGUAUGCCAGAUAUCCUCGGGUUUGGUAGAAGGAAGAUGGAUAUUUUCCCCGAGGAUAUGUACGCCCUGGUGCUAUACCAAGUCGGAGCUCUGGCGGCUAUCCUUUCCGCCGAAGGCAUGGUUAUGAAUCACAUCAAGCCCCACGGCGAGCUCUAUUUCUAUAUUCAACGGGAUGGUAAGAUUCGAGAUGCUGUACUUCGUGCUGUCAAAACUUUCAAUGUUCCGAUCUAUUCACUGCCCACCGAGCAUAUGGUCAGCGACUGCGAGCGGAUUGGCGUAAAGCUUAUCCCCGAGUUCUACGGGGAUAUAGAUUACAACGACGAAGGCGGACUCGUUCCAGUAGCAGAAUCAUCCCCAGUUACUCCCGAGUUGAUCGCUCAACGUAUUCAACUCUUCGUAGAGUCCGGGGGAAAGGCGAUAAGCAAGAAUGGUAACAAGGUGGAUAUACCGGUCGAUAAGCAGGGAUUUAGUAUAUGCGUUCACUCGGAUCUACCAGGUGCAUUGGCAAACGCUGCUGCUGCAAGGGAAGCUGUUCAAGAGGUAAAGAAUGUGUAGUAGUUAGUUAUGCGACGAUGAGUCAAUUAACUUCACUUAGAUACUGUAUGUUAUCGGAAGCGGAAAGGAUAGCCCUGCAACAGGCUAUCCUUGGCAAGACUAUAUGCUCGCCCAGGUAACGUGAACACAACGUUAAAAACGUGGGAUAAUGAGAGGACGGGUAUAUGUUUUAGGAUAGUACCUCUGUAUUCGAAUAUGCUUACUUCUCUGGUA